UUUUCUAUUUAUCUGCAUGUAAAUGAUUUUAAAUUACUUUAAUAAAUAAUUUACUGUAAAAUUUCAUUUUGUUAAAUAAUUUCUAUAAAUAAUAAUAUCCACAGUCAAUUAAAGCCACUUGAUGAUCCAAAAUAUUUGAUAGAAAAUGCUUACUGUUUCCAGUAUAUACGAGAUAAUAACACAGCAAAGGAAUGUAAACCACAAUUGGGAGAGGAAUUAAAAAACAAAAUAAUCAGCCCAACAUAAGCGACAAGUUUAUUCCUGGAUGGAGGUUUUAUUUCCAUUAACCAAAUGUGUUACAGUUGUAAACAAGUACCAUUAGUUAUGAACUAUUAGCUUUUAUGACUGGGAAUGAUACUUUUCAAUUGACAAAUCAAUUUUUAUUUGGUUUACAUAUGCCUCCACAUUAUUCAGUGUUGAGUUAUUCUUUGAUGGAUAAGUACGUAAGAUAUUUAAAAAAACCAAAUGCAUCUACAUCAAAAUCAUUUAAAUCUUAUGCUGAAUUAAUAAACCAUGAACAAGAUCUAUUUAUACAAUGGCUCUCAGCUAAAUGGGAAGAAAGUUUGAAGUAUCGUCGUUUAGAAAUCAAUCCGAAUGUUGAUAAAUAUGUGAACCAUGCAUAUAAUUUUAUUAAUAACUAUCUUAAGACCUAUUACAAUGGAACUUACAUAUCCAAAGUGAAAAUUGAUUUCAACAAAGAUGAAGAAAAAUUUGACAAAUUAGAAAUGACAUUAUGUGAACAUUUAAGAAACGCGGACUCAAAGUAUACCUCAGCUGAUAUACCUAAUAUUGAUAUCACAAAUUUUGAUUCAAAAAUAUCUUUCAAGAAUGGUAAUUAUUCUACACCUAACAAAGUUCCUUUUAUUAAAGAUGAAGUCUGUUGUGAUCUAUCAGAAAAACAUUCUACUGAAAUUAACAUUUGUUUAAGUAGCCUUAAAAGUAUAAUGAAUCUAGAAAAACCUAAUAGUUUAUGGCUAUUACCUUUAAAUAUUACGAAAAAUGAUAAUCAAAAAAAGUUGUUUAUUGGAGGUGCUUUGUCAACUGGCCAUUUUUCUCAUCAUGAUAAACUUAGCUUUUAUUUAAGAAAAGAAAUAAAAAAGAUAUUUAGAAAAAGCAAAUCUAAUAUAUCAAAUACUGAAAAUGUUAUUGAUAAAUGUGACUACAACUAUGACAAAUGGUUAUUAGCAGCAAGUAAUGGCAGUUUAAAUCAUACAUACAAUGUGCUCAUUCGAAACAAACCUCACAUCCAAGUAGUAAAUAAUGUAACCAAUGAACGUAAUGAAAAAAUAUUAAUUCCUAAAGUAGAAUAUCAACCAGAAUUUGGUUUUGAAAAAAUUAGUAAUGAAGAUCUAGCUGAAUAUUGGACAGAUACAUAUUUUAGAACGCCAAAAAGCAAAGCAACUCUUGUUUCCGUACAGUAUAACAUGGAUUUGAUGAUGUUGAAAGAAAAAACAGCUGAUACUAUUUCAAUUAAAUUAGAUGAGAUUAAACAUACCUUAUUACAAAGACUUGUGUGGACUUUUGAAAAACUUAAACAAUUAGAUGUAGGAGAGUAUGUUUUGUUACAUAAUCCUAAAAAACCAUUUUUCAUUGAAAUAUAUCAAUUAUCACCUUAUGGUGGUUUCAAUUUACUUAACAUGUAUUUGGUAUUACAACAGGCUGAAGUAUCUAACUCCUUAACUUGGAUUCAAAUAGAUAAAGAAGUUAUUUGCCCUAUUCAUGAAUAUUUUAAAGUUGCACCUUGCAUGUUUCGACCUACUCCAAUACCAUUUAAAGUGGAUGAAAUAAAUAAACAAGUCAGCAAGUUUAAAAUGGCUAUAGAAAACAAAGAGAAAAUUGAAAAAGAACGGUUAGCUUUAAAAAAAAGAAGAAAAAUGGAGAAAAAUAAAGCAAAAAAAAAAUUGCAAAGAGAAAAUGAUGUUUUUUAUCAAAUAAAACAACAAACAUUAAAAACUGAUUGAUAGAAAAUAUAUUUUGUGAUAGUUAGAAACUUUUUGUUUUCUAUUAAUAAAAUAAUAAUUAUUCUUUU